AUGGGAGCGGAGACGGAAAGGCAUCACUCCAAACAGUUCUCCCCCACCAUCUCCCCCACGCUGUCCUCCAUCACACAGCAAACUGCCUCUGACAACCAGAGGCUUCCUCCACACUCCACUCAGCCAGUCGCACUCAGCACUCAGGCACCAACCAGGUUCCCACCAGCUCUCCCCCCGGCCCGCAGGGCUCCCAGCCUGGACAGCAACCCUCUCUUCUUCUCAUAUGCCCCCACCACACCCCCACCCCCCCCCCCGCCCGCCCAGCACACACGGCAAAGGCAACAAAGCAACCAAACACCCAACCCACAUGCAGCAACAGCAACAGUCACAGUCCAUGCAGCAGCAGCAGCAGCAGCAGCAGCUCCACCUGCAGAACCUACGCAACUCACACAACCAGCAACGCAGCAGCAGCAAUUUGAAUCGCAGCAGCAGCAGCAGCAGCAGCAGGCGAACUCACAGCAGAUAAAGAACGAGCGGCUGAUGGAUCAGUGCGUCCAGAGCUCCUCUCAGCAUCACGUCAAACAGGAAGCGGAGCAGCAGACGGAGCAGCAGCGAGUCACAGACCUCUACAACGACGCCUUGUUCAACUCUCUGCUGGACGACCCCUACCUGAGCCUGCAGCUCACGGGCAAAUCCACCCAGCAGUUCAGCGCCGAGCACCAGGGCGACUGUCUGUCUCUGAACCACGGCGCUCUGAGCUGCGGCGGCUCCGAUAACAACCAGUACCCCUCCGACAGCGGGGGCCACCUGGACCUGCAGGACCCCAGGGACCAGCAGCUCCUCAACCACCAGAACCAGAACUACGGCGGCGGGGACGCACGGCACAACGUGCCCAACAUCAUCCUCACGGGGGACUCCCCUCCGGGUCUGUCUAAAGAGAUCGCCAGCGCUCUGUCCCACGUGCCCGGCUUCGAGAUGGACCCUUUCUCCCUGGACGACCCGCUGCGCAUGGACCCGCUGGCUCUGGACAUGCUGGACGGUGACCUGAUGCUGGCUGACCCGGCUGUGGAGGACUCUUUCCGAUCCGACCGGCUGAAGUGACCACCUCCCCUCCCUCCCUCCCUCCCGUCCCUCCCUCCCUCCUCUCCCCUCCACCCUGCACUGCCGGCUCAGCUCGGUGGGGAUCAGCCAAGGAGACGGACGCCCUUCAGCGCCACUUCACCGCACACUCACCACUCCCACC